AUGUUCUGGACCUUCUCUGUUGGUGUGAACCUGCAGCUCCCACAGUUCAGAACCCAGUCUGCAGUCAUGCUGGUCCCACGGCUCCCGGUUCUGUCGGCGCUGCUCGUCCUGCUGCUGGCUGCGGGUCGCUGCACCGCCGCGGCGCUGCUCAGAGGCUCCGGCGGCCGCGACGCGCUGCAGCCGCUCGGCCGCUGGCAGAGGGCGGCGCUGGGCGUCCACCACGGACCGGAGGGUCACUCCAGAGAUCCACGGCACAAAGAGAAGUUCAUCAUACACCUGACAGGUCCUCUCUCCUUCGACCCGAAGUGCCGGAAACAGUUCCACAGGCUGUACUACAACACCAGGGACUGCACAGUACCUGCCUAUUAUAAAAGAUGUGCUCGUCUGCUGACUCAGCUGGCCAAGAGCCCUCGCUGCACGGAGAGAUAAACACGGCGGCCGACGGUCGGACUGAGCUCAGACGUUCAUGUACACAGAACAGGAUAAACGUCGUAAACACUGAGCACGGGACACAGAGCAGGUUUACUACAGACUGGACCAGACACCAGACCAGCACAGAACCACCUCCUCUGUCUCCAUCGCUCCUCUCCAGACUCCAGACAGGAAGUGUUGCCGUGGUGGUGAGGGGGAGUGGGCGGGGCCUCAUCACUGUAGAAGUUCUCCAGCCAAUAGAAACUCAGCGCUGCAGCCAGUGAGCUCGGCAGACUUCACUGCUUCCUGUUUUGCUCUCCUGCGUUCUGUCCGACGACCAAUCAGCUCGCACCGCAGGACUGGAUGGACCCGUUUUUUUCUGGAGUUAAAUCUGGACGGAAACUCGACCUGCGUUCGACCGACCCGGCGUUGAACCUGGUUCUCUUGGGUUCUAACAGACCACAAACUGACAGCUGCUUUGGUUUCUUGGACCCUGAAGUUCUGCUAAGGAGGAACCGAGGACCAAAGUUUAACAACUGCAUAUUAAAAACUGGUGUUCCAACAAUAUUCCAAGUAUUUAUUCUGUUGAUUGUGCCGCUAACUGUGCGGUUUGUACAUAAUGAAAAGGAAUAAAUUUGUAGUCUCUUUA